UGGUCAUGGUUUUUUGCCUCUGGCAACUUUUAAAAACAUUUAAGAAUGAAACGGAACGCACCUAAUAAAAAAAAAAGCAAACGUCAACUGUCACAUGACAAUCAAAAUUUGGUCAAGGUUAUGUUAUGUGUUUUGUUCUAACGGUGCAUAUAAUUAUCAAGUUUUUUUAUGGUUUUGUCCAAAGAAGUCGUACAAAAUAUUUACUAUGCAUAGAAAUAGGGUAUGGUGUAAAUUUACAUCAUUAUGCAGUAUUGUCAUCUGUGAAAAUAUUUUGACAGAUAAAGCCAUAGAAGAAUAUCUAACACAGCUGGAGGAUGGUUGGCUGUCGGAAGACGGAAUGGAGGCUGAAGAUUCUGACGAUGAUAACUUACCAGAUCCUCACUAUACAAGAGACGAACCUCUAAGUAUAUUAGAUGAUGUAAAUGAUGAUGAAGACUGGCAGGAUGUUAAUGAAAAUGACCCUCCUCUUGUUGAAGAAAUGGUGGAAGAACAAGAAAGCCAAAGCAGAGUUCCUUGUGGUGCUAUUUUCAGCACAUUAUUGGACAAAAGAAAACUGAUUUGGAAAAAGAGAAACAUGGAAUUUGAUGAGGAUAAAAUUACAUUCUUAGGCAGGUCAGCCUUUCCUAUAGAAAUAUCCCAGCUUGAAACUCCAUACCAAUGUUUCAAAUAUUUUUUGGAUGAUGAUUUUAUUCAGAAAAUUGUUGAUCAAACUAAUUUAUAUAUCAUGCAAAAAGAUACCAACAGCAAAAUAACUUAUACUGCGUUAGAUAUCAAGAAGUUUUUUGGGAUAUUAUUAUUCAUGUCUGUGCAAAGAUUUCCAAAUACCAGAUCAUAUUGGUAUCCUGCCUUUGGUUAUGGUCCAGUUUUAUCCACUAUGCCAGUCAACAAAUUUGAAAGAAUGAAGCUCUCAUUGCACUUUCAAAAUAAUGAUGAUCACAAACCUGUUGGCCAUCCCAAUCAUGACAGGUUAUUUAAAAUACGCCCUGUUAUUGAGCACCUCAGAGCAAAAUUUUCUACUGUACCAAUGGAGCAAAGAUUAUCAGUCGAUGAGCAGAUGUGUGCCACAAAAGUGGCUCAUUUUUUGAAACAAUAUCUGCCUAAUAAACCCCACAAAUGGGGGUUUAAAUUGUAUGUACUGUGUGAUUUAUCAGGAUAUGCUCAUACAUUUGAAUUGUAUUCAGGACAGGAAAAUACAGGAAGACCAGAAGGAGAGCCUGAUAUAGGAGCCACAGGGAAUGUAGUCAUUCGUUUGCUAAGAGGCGUGCCAAGAUAUCAAAAUCACAUAAUUUACUUUGACAAUUUUUACACAUCAUUGCCCCUGGUUCAUUAUUUAGCCAAGCAAGGAAUUCUAUCAGUGGGUACUGUACAACAAAAUCGGAUACCUAACUCAAAAUUACCAGACAAAAGGGAGUUUAUGAAAAAGUCUGUACCAAGAGGAAGUCAUGUCGAAAGAACAUCUACAUUUGAUGGUGUUGAUAUGUCUUGUGUCACCUGGAAAGACAACAAAAUGGUGACACUUUUAUCAACAUAUGUGGGGUCAACACCAGUAUCUAGUGUCCCUAGGUAUGACAAGGCAAAGAAGGAAAAGGUUGAAAUUCCAUGUCCAAAAAUUGUUUUAGAAUACAACAAACAUAUGGGGGGAGUUGAUUUAAUGGACAGUUUUUUGGGGAGCCAGGUCGCUGAAAUUGUAAAUGCUGUUUAUGCUGUCGAUUCUGUAACAGCUAAUUGCGUGCAAUUUUGGUUUGAUCAAUUGCGUUCAAGCAUUUUCGAUGUAAAAGAAAAUGUCGGUAAUGUCGAGAAUGUCAAUAGAAUCAUAGAAAUAAUCGAAAUUGACCGGAAUGUUAGUAAUCGUAGCAUCGCUAAAGAUCAGCCGUAA